AUUAACCAUAAAUGAUCAAAAUUUAGAAGCUGAAAAACCAUUUGGUUGGAACCCUGAAAUUUGUUUUCUUGAGCAUAUUGAUCUCACCCCAGAAGGGCGAGCCAUAAAUCGUACAAAUCAAACGAAUUAUGGUUUUUGAAAGGGAAUUAGCAUUCUACGUACAUUGAUUCUUCGACUUCAUAUGAAUGAAGCCAUUGAAUAGUUUCCAAUUUCUGCCUCUAGCGCAUAUAUGGCACAACCACAAGCACAAGAAGAGAUCAAGGAAAGAUGUAAGAUUUCAAGCUACGAUGCCUACUUCGAGACCAUCCAGUCCAGGAAAAAACUGCCUCGUUCCCUGCAAGAGGUUUUAACAUCUGCAUUUGCAAAAAUUCCUGUUUCAUCUUUCCCGGGAGUACCUGGAGGCAAAGUAAUUGAGAUUGGAGCAGAUGCAUCUGUCAGUGAUGCCGUUAAGAUUCUUUCCGAACACAACAUUUUGUCAGCUCCUGUGACAAACCCAGAAGCAGAAAUAAGUUCAGAUUGGAGGGAGAGGUACCUAGGACUCAUAGAUUACUCUGCCAUUAUUCUUUGGGUGUUGGAGAGUGCAGAACUAGCUGCAGUUGCUCUGUCAGCGACUUCGGCAACAGCUGCUGGAGUUGGUGCAGGGGCAGUGGGCGCUGUGGGGGCACUAGCAUUGGGUGUGACUGGUCCUGCUGCAGUCGCAGGUUUAACUGCUGCUGCAGUUGGGGCUGCUGUUGCUGGUGGUGCAGCUGCGGACAAAGGAAUGGGCAAAGAUGCUCCCACGGCUGCUGAUGAAUUGGGCAAAGACUUUUACAAAGUUAUACUGCAAGAUGAACCAUUCAAGUCAACCACAGUAAGGUCAAUACUAAAAUCCUUCCGCUGGGCACCUUUCAUUCCAGUAGCAACAGAUAGUUCUAUGUUGAGCGUUAUGCUACUACUUUCAAAAUAUAGGCUGAGGAACGUACCUGUAAUAGAACCAGGCCAACCCAAUAUUACGAACUACAUUACUCAAUCGGGACUUGUUCAGGGUCUUGAGAGAUGCAAAGGAAGGGACUGGUUUGACUGCAUUGCUGCGAAGCCUAUCUCUGAUUUCGGACUUCCUUUUAUGUCAUCUGAUGAGGUUAUUAGCAUUGGGAGCAAUGAUCUAAUACUGGAAGCUUUCAAGAAGAUGAGAGAUAACCAAAUAGGUGGUCUUCCAGUAGUAGAGGGGCCAAAGAGAAAGAUCGUUGGUAAUGUCAGCAUGAGAGAUAUCAGAUACUUGCUGCUCAAACCCGAUCUCUUCUCCAAUUUCAGGAAGCUCACUGUUAGGGACUUCGUGAGCACCAUCACAACAACCCACGAAAUUGGAAAAGUCAUCCAACCAAUUACAUGCAAGCUGGAGUCGACACUUGGUAAUGUGAUUCACAGUCUUGCUUCCAAGUCCGUUCAUAGGAUCCAUGUGGUUGCUGGGGAGGAAGGGGAAGUUGUUGGUGUCAUUACACUCAGAGAUGUGAUCUCUUGCUUUAUUUUUGAACCACCAAACCACUUUGAUGACUACAUGGGGUCUGCAGUGAAGGAGAUGUUGAACCAGUGAGCCUUCUGUUUGUGGAAAACUUAUAUGGAGAUGCAGAGACAGUAUCAAAAUUUUCGUUUGGGACCAUAAAACAGUUGACAUUGAGUUGCAGU